CUGAGCAGAGUGCGGCGAGCGCGACGAGCGCGGCGCGGGCGGCGGUCCAUGGCCCCGACGGGAGGCGCGCCGCCCGCACCCGCAGCUCGGCGUCCGGCCUGAGCGGACCGCGCCGCGCAGCCACCCGGUCCUCGGCUUGGGCUUAGCUUGCAGAUCUUCUUCAUGGAAGCGAUGUCACCGCAGCAGGAUGCUCUAGGGGCGCAGCCGGGGCGCUCCUCCUCGCUGACAGGCAUGUCUCGCAUCGCGGGAGGCCCUGGCACCAAGAAGAAAAUGAAAACACUCGCAGAAAGGAGGAGAAGCGCCCCGUCCCUCAUCCUGGACAAAGCCUUACAGAAGCGGCCGAGCACCAGAGACAGCCAUUCUGCCAGCAUUGACACGUGUGCAUUUCUGUCGUCGUUCAUGUGCUCCAGUCGGACUCUGCUGAUUGAUGGUCCAGUGGAACUUAAAAGAGGCCUGCAGAGGCAGGAGAGGCAUCUUUUCCUAUUCAACGAUCUGUUUGUCUCAGCCAAAAUCAAAUAUAACAACAAUUUUAAGAUAAAGAAUAAAAUAAGACUAACCGACAUGUGGACAGCUAGCUGUGUGGAGGAAGUGGGAGAAGGCAACACGAAUGCUCUGAAGUCCUUUGUCCUGGGCUGGCCUACCGUGAACUUUGUGGCUACUUUCAGUUCUCCAGAACAAAAGGACAAAUGGCUGUCUCUCCUUCAGAGAUACAUCGCUCUAGAAAAGGAGAAAGACUACCCGAAGAGCAUCCCCCUCAAAAUCUUCGCCAAGGACAUUGGAAACUGUGCCUAUUUUAAAACUAUAACAGUAAUGAAUUCAGACACAGCAAGUGAAGUUAUCAACAUGUCACUGCAAAUGUUAGGGAUCACUGGCUCUGAGAGAGAUUACCAACUGUGGGUAAAUUCUGGAAAAGAAGCGGCACCGUACCCACUCAUUGGACAUGAGUAUCCUUAUGGAAUUAAAAUGAGCCACCUCCGAGACACUGCCCUUCUGACGCAGGGAUCAAAAGACUCCGCCAGCCCAUCCCAGCUCCAAGAGCCUUUCCUCAUGGAGCAGCUGCCCCGCGAGAUGCAAUGCCAGUUCAUCCUGAAACCUACCCGCCUGGCGACAGCCCAGCAACUGAGCGAUUCCAGCCAGAAGACAUUUAAAAGGAGGCGCUCUAUCAUCAACUGGGCUUUUUGGCGGGGUUCUAGCACACACCUGGACAACCUGCCCAUGUCACCAACAUCCCCUAUGCCAGGACAGCUCUUUGGAGUUUCUUUACCAGAUCUUUGUGAGAACGACAAUCUGCCAAAGCCUAUCUUGGAUAUGCUUUCCUUCCUUAACCAAAAAGGCCCCCUCACAAAAGGCAUCUUCAGGCAGUCGGCCAACAUGAAAUCUUGCAGAGAGCUAAAGGAGAAACUGAAUUCUGGAAUGGAAGUCCACCUUGACUGUGAAUCCAUCUUUGUGAUAGCAUCUGUGUUGAAGGAUUUUCUGAGAAAUAUUCCAGAAAGUAUCUUUUCAUCAGAUCUUUAUGAUCACUGGGUCUGUGUAAUGGAUCAAGGAAAUGAUGAAGAAAAAAUAAAUAUAAUUCAAAGGCUAUUAGAUCAGCUUCCCAGAGCCAAUGUUGUUUUCCUAAGGUAUCUGUUUGGGGUAUUACACAACAUUGAACAACAUUCCUUGUCUAAUCAGAUGACUGCAUUUAACUUAGCAGUGUGUAUCGCUCCAAGCAUUCUUUGGCCUCCCGCUUCCUCCAGUCCAGAGCUAGAAAAUGAAUUUACAAAAAAGGUUUCUCUUCUUAUACAAUUUCUGAUUGAAAACUGCUGUAGGGUAUUUGGAGAAGAAAUCGCUUCUCUCUUGGGGGAGCUUUCUGAGAGAAGCGACAGAGAACACACCCCAGAUAUGACUUGCUUCCAAAUGAACGACUCCUCCUAUGACAGCUUGGAAAACGAGCUCAAUGAGGAAGCUGAUGCUCCGUGCAGUGACCUGGUCAAAAAGCUUGGCCAGGGUAGCAGGAGCAUGGACUCUGUCUUAACCCUCAGCGACUAUGACCUUGAACAGCCUGAAGUGGAAGGCCUCUUAACCCUGAGCAACUUUGACUUAGAUCAGUCUAAAGAGGAACACAUUCAGAUAAAGCCACCUCUGGAGCCCAAGCCAGUGAAUGUUUUCGUAGCCUACAGGAAGGUUUCACUAGGGGAGCACGCUAGGGCCCCAGCUGGCCCAGGCACACUCAGUUGCCUGCCUGUGGCUGCAGCAGAUGCCCCGAAAGUCCUGCGGCGGCUCCGGCGCUCCUCAGAACCCAGCAUUGACUAUCUAGACACAAAGCUUUCCUAUCUCCGGGAGUUUUACCAGAAAAAGCUGCGCAAGUCCAGCUGCGAUGCUGUUCUCUCUAGAAAAGAUGAAGAUUACCUGAAGCAGACCCAGCCUCAGAAGAAAGGGGAUAAGGUGUGUCUUAAACAGAGUUCAGUGACAGGCACUGACGUCAGCAAGAGAAACGCAACUAAUGAAAACAUUAAGAAGAAAAGCUUGUCUGGUCAUGAAGGAACUCAAGUGACACUUUUUACUAAGUCCAAGCCAGUACCCAUUUCUGUGGCAUCUUACAGCCACGGGUCCUCCCAGGAUCAUCCCAGGAAGCAAGCCUUUGAUGCAGACCCAUGCAGGUUCUCCCCACCACACCUAACAGAUGCCCAAAAGAGUUCAAGGGUGCAACAUCGGCGCUGUUCGGAACCCAGCAUAGAUGACCAGAACUACAAGCUGUCCUAUCUCAGGGGGAUCUAUUCAAUGAAACAAAAUAAAGCCAGCUGUGAGGCUGGCCUCUUGCAUGGGGAGGAGGAUUAUCUCAGAAGGCAUAAGUCUUUGCAAAUCGAGGGCCAAAAGCUUAUUAAUCAGAGUUUGGUCAUGGGCAUUGAGGUGGGCAAGAGCAGCGGCUCUCACCAAAGCACUGAGAAGGUUUUGCCCCCAAGACUAAACCUUUGCCCAAGGGCAAGCUAUUCAAGCUUAUCUUCCCCAGGCUCGUCCCCAUCCGGCUCCUCUGUAAGCUCCCAGGACAGCGCUUUCUCUCAGAUCUCUGAGCACUCCGUGUUUACGCCCACUGAAACCUCCUCACCAAUAGAUUGCACUUUCCAGACACAAAGAAAACAAGAGCUGUCUUCAGACUUUGACAGUCCCAGCCUUGUUUCCGGAAUGCCCGGUCCCUCCAUGGGGCAGGCCAGCAGCCACCUAGCUUAUUUAAGAAAGGGUACCACGGAGCAGCCAUCACAAAUGCAUUCUGUAACCCUUCACCCCAGUGCGUGGUUGAGAAGUGGCUUGGUCACUUUAAAAAACUGGUCCCUCAAAAAGAAAACAAAAGCAGCCAGACCAGAAGACAGGAAAGUCUGUUCCCUGAAAGAGCCUCUGGAGUUACCGUCAUGUGCUUCCGGUACCCCAGAGGCUGACUCUCUACAAGAGAGUCAGGAUGACUUACAGGGAGAUGAAGGACCUGGGCAAACAGCCUGUGGAUUCAGUUCUUAUGCCUGUCAGGACUCAGAGCAACAUGCCGGCUCUCCAUUCCACCUGGCAGAAAGCAGACUCAAGCCUUGUAUGAAGUUAUAUAAGGGAGAAGAGAGUGGAGGGCAGUACCCUUGUGAUAACCCUUGGGAAGGAGCCUCUUCAAGUCUGGAGACCUCGGAGGAUGCAGCCAACCCAGGUGCAGAACCUAACGUUUGCGAUGACGGGAACAGAUAUUUAACCAAAGACCGUUACCUACAAUAAGAAUCUGAUAUCAAAAUAAUCCAAUGUCUUUAAGAACAGGAACUGGGCCAAUGAAAACACAGACAGUAAUUAGAUAACCCCACUUAUAAGGCACCUGGGGGCAUGUAGCACAAGGACAAUCACUGCUAAUAUGGCAAUUUCUUUGUUAAGAUUAUGUGGCAAAAAUUUGUUGAGACGUUACAUGAUCUAAGGUUUUGGAAGGCUUUUCCUAUUAAAGCAUGGGUUAAGUCCUUUUCUGAGAUUUUCAGAUACUGACAGAAGGGUAGAGGAAGUAUCCUCUGUAGAAGAUGCCUUCAUGUCAGCAGUCUAAGAGUUCAGGUGUUUUGAGAAGACCAGAGUACCUUAAAUUCAGCAUCGGUGACACAUAGAGAAGAGUGGGAGAGAGAAGCCAUCUUUAUGCCAUGGAAUAAGUAGGCAAGAAAAGGGGGGGCCACUGAGACACUCAGAAAAGCAUGUAUGCUCACUAAGGAAAUCAUGUAAAAUCUGUCCCUAAAGCCAAAUCAGUGGCCAUUUCUGUGGCUGUUCUUAGUCACAUUUAUCUUCACUGGGUCAUUUUUGGGACCAGCUCGUUGAUGAAGUCAGAGUAGAGAAAACUAGUGGGUAAAGUGCCAUGGGUGCUGGGCCAACACAGCCUGUAAUCGGGCAGCUCGGUUGGUUUUUGUUGUUGUUGACUUUCUCUUAGGGUUGAGUGCAUUCACAUGUAUCUUUCUGAAAUGGAGAUACAAAGACAAGGAAGGAAGGGUUUGCCCAUUUUAGUGUCCUACCCACAGUCCCUAUGCAACUGUGUUCUGGGAAUGUAACGUAUCCCUACAUAAAGGAACCUGCUGAUAGCAUGCAUCUCAUAGCGCAGAAGAAUAGCCACAUAAGAAUUAGGGAAAUUAAUCUCGAUGUCAGUUUUCCCUAGCUGACUAAUCUCAGGGGCAAGACUUCAGAGAAACAAGAGAUGCUGGAGUUGGUAGCAGCCAUGCAAUGGUAUUGUGCUGUGAUCAGUAAGUAAAUAUGUGCAUAGAUGUACCCAGAUCAGGAAGCUGGGUCCUGUAGUACAUACAGUAUAUUACAGAAAGUGGCCUCUCUUACUUAGACCUAAUGGCCAGUUGCCAUGUGACACUUGUGUACAGAGAUAUACCCAGAUCAGGAAGCUGGGUCCUGCAAUACAUACAAGAUAUUACAGAAAGUGGCCCCUCUAACUUAGACCUAAUGGCCAGUUACCAUAUGACACUUCUCUAUAGAAGUCAUACUUUUCUCAUUUUGAAAAAUGGCAGUUUCCUGCAACAGCUCUCCCUUCUUGGUUCCACAAGCAGUAUUUAUCAAUAUGGCAUCUCUGUGGAAUGUUUCACUGUAGCCCUUCCUGUUAGAUUACAGUCAGCCAAGAGGAGACAAGGGACAACUGUUAAUUAUUCUUUCAUUCUACAGAUUGUUCCCGAUUUGAGUUUGGCAGACUGUAAGAUUAUUGAGUAGAACACAAUGACGUUGCUCUUGGGUGGUCUCUGAUGGCCACUGCCUUUGGGGUUUCUUGCUGAAGUUCUCCACUUUUCACAAAUGAUUUGUAGUUUAUAAAUAUUCAAGUUUAGACCCUGGCAGUUUAUCAUAGACCUUUGUCCUCUCUCUCUACCUUCAAGGCUACAUCAGUAUGUCUUCCUUCCACGUCCAGAAUGAAAUGGAAGGAUACACCCUAAGAUAGAUGCGCAUCUUCCUUCAUUUGAGCUACUCCCCUAGUACAAAAGUUUCCUAAAGUCUAUGUGAUCUCUUGAAUCCCUGUUUUAAAAAAAAAAAUCCACUUGAAAAAUAGCUUAUCCCAAAUUAUUACUCCUACCAGUCACCAGGAAACUCGUGGCAGAUGUCUCCUUCUCCUAAACAUCACAGUGUCAGUUAUAGGAUAAGGACUUAUCUCAGUAUUAAAUAUUGAAGUGCCACCUACCUCUCAGGCAUGGCCCUGUUUACCCUAAUCAUAAUUAACUUUCAAACUCUGUGUCCAGUGAGCUCCUUCAUGACACUUGGCAAUCUCAACCAGAUGUAAGCAACCACAUCCAUAUGAAGACGCCUCCAUGUCCUCCACAUCCAUAUCUUUUGUGGUAUUAGUAUAUACAGUUGGCAGAUCAACGCUUCCCUUUAGAGCAUACUACUGUCAGAACUGCAAGAUGUGAAUGAAGAUCUUAUGGCUUAGAUUGUCUCUCUGUAAGAAAUGUCUCCUAAACAAAGUAAAGUGUCCUGGCUUUUCUCUCCCCACCUCAUCCCCACCCCCUUUCAUAAUGGUCCAGUAGAAAAUCAUCCACUGAGUUUGAAGCAUAGAAGAAAAUAGCUGGUAAGGUUCUCUGCCAACCAUUCUGACUCUGUUUCCUUAGAUGCUCCCAGGAUACUUAAUGUGAAUAGUCUGUUAAUAUUGCUGUAAAGUAUUGUAUGAAGGCAGACAUGUCAUUUUAUUAGACUCCAUCAAUCUAUAAUAUAUUAGACUGAUUCUUUAUCUCAAAUGCGAUGAGUUUGUAUAAUAUAUCUUGACAAAUUUUAUUACCGUGUUAUGUAACAAAUGUGUAUUUUUGUACCUUGCAGAAACUGCUGCUAACUUUUAAAUUGUUUGGUUUUUCAAGGCACUGAAAAUGGACAUGUACCAAGUCCAUGCUGUCAAAUAAAAUGCCACCCUGCAGCUAAUAGUCCCACAGAGACAUACUGACUGCGGAGGAGAGUUCUUUCACUCAGCAAGCCCGAGCUCCCUUUGAGUUGACCAUUUCAUACAUAAUGAGUUGUGGCCUUAAGUUUUUACUCAUAGUUUUUCUAGGGGAAAAGGAGUGAAAUUGUUUUUCCUUUUUAUAUUUUUAAAUCUCGUUUACCAAACAAGUUAUGUUUUAUACCUAGAAGUUCCCCUUUUGUCAGAAAUUGUGUUCUUUCAUUGUAUUCCCGGAGUGAUACAGACAAGUGUGUCCACAUGCCAAAAGAAAUAACAGCUCACUUUGAUUGCAUGUAUGAGAUUUUCUUUCACAUUUAGGCCAUUCUGACAAAAGGACCAAGUUGACUUUCUACACAUACCAGGAUAUCUGUUCUUUGAUGUAUGACAGUUUCCCAAGACUACUGUGUCUCCUGACUUCUUGAGGUUUAUUGAGCAGUCUCUGUAUAAAUCUAACCACUAUUUCAAAGGGAUUUAUAACCUAGAAAAACUAGAUUUGCUCCAGCCAGGUGGAAAGGACAAAUCCACUUUGACAGAUGUUACUAAUUAUAUUUCUACAAUGUAUAAACACACACACCACACUAAAUUCUAUCCAAAUUUUAGAGAAACAGAAAUUUACUUUUAAUGAGGACUCGAUCUUAUGUUAAUAACUAUCUUCUUUAUAGUCUACUUAGCAGGUCAUAACACUGAAUCAGAAGGUUCUAAUUUGUCAACUCAAGAACAAGCUUUUUUUUUAAUUACUCCCAGUAAAUUUUAUACUGUGAAUAAUAAAUUUGGG